AUGAAUUCAGUUUUAAAUCCGGAGGCUCCAGAGUUUUAUCCACAUUUAACAUCAGUCACCCAGGGUGGCUACACGUCAGUACACAAAUCUAUAAAGUCAUCAAAUUAUUUACCAGGAGGAACCUCUUAUGAUAUAUUCAAGACAUUCAACGAUUUUAAUAUUGUUUCAUGCCAAUUAAGUAAAAAUGUUAUUUUACAAACAAGUGACAUUGUAAUAACGGAAAUACCUGCUGUGAAGUUGAAGCAACAUGAUAUCGAAUACAACACAGAGAAAAUAAUAGACGUGAACGACAGUUUGCUGGAUAGAGUUAACAUCAACAUUGAAAAUGUGUGCAGAGUGGACACGCCAAGCGGCCAGCACAAUGAGGGGACGUAUCCUGUAUGGACGAACAAGCCGGUUAUCACCAAGAUAAAGGUGGGGUCUACAAUGUUUAUUGGCGCUAAAAACAUACCGCGACCACAGUUGAAUUUCAAAGACCCAAUCGACAACUCAGAUAACCUCUGGGUUCCCAAAAUAUCUGACAAACCAAACAACAUAAAGCCGUUAGCUUUGAACAUUCUGUAUAAUGAAGAGGGUGAAGCAGUCGGAUACGAACACCCGUACAAAGUGGAGUUAGAUCUCUACCAGCCACCCGCUCACUUCAUACAACCAGACCCGGAACCCCCGACCUUCCCCCCACCACUCGAGGACACAAAGCUCACGUACAUUGACACUGAGGAACUGGUGGAUGAACUGGUCAAUCACCUGGAUACAGUUGAAGAGUUGGCAGUGGAUGUGGAGCAUCAUUCGUACAGGACCUAUCAAGGUAUAACAUGUUUGAUUCAAAUAUCGACGAUCGAAGGUGACUUCAUAAUCGACGCGUUGGCCGUGAGGGAGCAUAUCCACAAGCUGAACUUGUCUUUCACGGAUCCUAAAAAACUAAAGGUGUUCCAUGGGGCAGAGAUGGAUAUACUAUGGCUGCAACGCGACUUCGGUCUGUAUGUGGUGGGAAUGUUUGACACCCACCAAGCGGCUCGAGCUCUGAACAUAUCCGGACUCUCUUUGAAGAGUCUACUGAUGAGAUACUGUGGAGUCGAUGCUGAUAAGAAGUACCAACUAGCCGAUUGGCGUAUAAGGCCUCUACCAGACGAGCUGGUACAAUACGCACGUAUGGACACGCACUACCUUUUAUAUAUAUGGCGUCGUAUGAAAGGCGAGUUGUUGGACGCCGGUGAACAUAUUCUACUGUCCGUGUUCGAGCAAAGUCGACAAAUUUGUGGGGCGACAUACAACAAACAAGUUAUAACAGAAACAAGCCACAUGCCUCUAUACGUGAGGUCGAAGAAGUCAUUCAACUCACGGCAAAUGGCCGCUUUGAGGCUAUUGUAUAGAUGGCGAGACGCGCAAGCGAGAGAGUUGGAUGAAAGCACGACGUACCUCCUGCCCAACCACAUGGUGCUUGCGUUGGCUGAGACGCUACCUCGUGAAGUGCAAGGCGUGGCGGCCUGUUGCAGCCCUGCACCGCCAUUUCUACGGCAACAUCUAGUUGCCGUACACCGGAUGCUGCUCUCCUGUCGUGAGCUGCCAUUGGAGCCGCAGCUGUAUCAAAUGCCAUCGAGCGUCGUCACUAUGGCGCCACAACAACGCGUGCUCACUUACAACGUGCACGAUCUGUCCCAUUUCCCUGAAUACAAAGACGAUACCAUAAAUUUGGACCAAACAUCGAUGUUUCUAGAACAAACACCCACCCACCAACCAGAUGUUGUCGCAUUCAGGGCGGACGACGACACGGCCAUUGUAUCGGAUUUGAACGUCGAUGCAAAGAUGUUCAUCCCUCCCUACGACAGGUACAGGAAGUACCGGACUUUAGCACAGGUGGAAGAAAUAAAAGAGUAUAAGGACAAAGAAGCGAAAAUAGCUGCCAUUUCAAAAGGAAACGAACUGAUCAAAACGGAAGUACUCCUCAAAUUGCAAGAGGCAAAAAUUCAAAAAGAGAAAGAGGGUGAGAUAAAAGAUAAAACAAACACACCACAAAAAGAAGAAAAACCCAUAGAAAAGAAUCCAGAGCCUGAAAUAAAACAAACUGCCCAAAGAAAAAGGAAGAUUUCUAAUGAGAAAUGCAAGAAGGGCGAUGUCGCCUCGAAGAAUAAGAACAAAGUGAAAAAUAAAAUAGAACAAAUCAAUCUAAAGCCGUACAACUAUAAGAAUGUUAAUUACAGAAAGUUUCGUGACGACUCUGAGAAAGCGCACAAACAAACCAAGAUGAAGUUUAAAAAACAUAAA